AUGGGGAUAAGAGGGACUUUAAAGGGAAUUUUCGGAGAAACUCGAACCAGGGUGAUGAGAAUAGAGAGAACAAGGAUAGAACUAAGAGAAGUUACUUCUGUAAAAGAUGUGGGAAGGAUCACCCGGGGAAGGAUUGUGCAGGAAGCAGAUUUGAAGAAUGGAAAGGUUCAGGAUGGACGGAAUCCCCCAAAACCCCCACAAUCUAGUGGACCUGCCCAGAACACUGGAAUCAGCAAUGGUGGAAAUACUUCUAAGGGCCGGAUUUUCGUAAUGAAUAUCCGUGAAGCUGAGACUUCCAAUAAUGUGGUAAUUGGCACUUUUCUUAUACGUUAUUUAUCUGUGAAAGUUUUAUUUGAUUCGGGUGCAUCGCACUCUUUUAUUUCUAAGACAAUAAUAGAAAGUCUCCAGUUAGAAAGUCCAAAGUCAGUCUCCUUGGAAGUAGCUAUUCCAACAGGGGAAGUUAGGGAGCGUUCUAGACUUUUUAGGAAUAUACCCCUAACUAUUUCAGAAGUAGAGUUUCCAUCGGACCUAAUUGAAUUUGAUCUCAAAGAUCUUGAUGUGAUCGUGGGAAUGGACUGGUUAGGAAAGUACAAAGCCCAGAUAGAUUGUGUAGCACAGAAAGUCACGCUUUAUGGCCCAGCAAAGACCAGAAUAAGGGAUAAAGAAGAAAAGAGUGAUACAAAAUUACCUGUUGUGGAAGAAUUUCCUGAUGUAUUUCCCGAUGAAAUACCAGGCAUGCCACCAGAAAGAGAUGUGGAAUUCACGGUUGACUUGGUCCCUGGAACUAGACCUAUUUCCAAGGCUCCAUACAGGAUGGCCCCAACUGAGAUGAAAGAGCUAAAGGCCCAAUUGGAGGAUUUUCUUGAAAAGGGAUACAUUAGACCCAGUUCCUCACCCUGGGGAGCUCAGUACUGUUGGUGA